GCUCUGCGGCGGGAGCGCGCGCGCUUCUGCUGGACGCUGGAUUGGGAAGGCGGCGCAUCUAGACCCCAGACCUCCAAAACGCUUUUAAAGGUCUGGCCUCGGAAGCCCGUCAUCGCCGUUUGGGAUCUCCACGGGGGCUGGAGGAGAGCAUCUGAUCUGAGAAGAUCUUGAGGACGGAUGGCGGUCCGUAUGAAGACCGCAAGGUUCGCGAGGACUGCUGCACCACUAAUCCAUCCCUUCGUCAUCCCCUGAUCCUCUCCGUCUGCGGUCGAGGGGAGCGGUCGGCGCUGGUCACGCUCGGGAAGAUAUGGUCGCGAGGUGCGGGCGCGCGGUCGGGUGUUCGCACGGUCGCUGCUGGGGCUCAGAUCAUCGCGGUAACGUCGUUGUAUCGUUCGCGGAGGGAAAGCAGAGCUGCAUCUCCGUCUCCCUGGUCGCUGGAGACAAAGUCUCUUCUCUACGUGCUUUCUGUCUGAUGAGGUGAAGGAGUCAAUGAAGGGCAGAGUCACAGCUCAUUGACGAAUGACUGAUCAUCAUCAUCUUCAUCACAAGUAGUAGCAGCAGCAGCUCCCGAAAAGGUGAUCCUCUCCUCCUGGAACGCGGUCCAUCAUCACCUGCUCGAGAAACACCCCCCUCCCCACCACGAUGACCACCAUCGAGCUGGAGCACUUCGAGGAGCGCGACAAGGCGCAUCGCUCCUCGCGGGGGUCCGCCUCCGGCACGGGCUCCCAGUCGGGCUCCCGCGCGAACAGCCUCGUGCCCAGUCCGGCCCACAGCGCCAACUGCAGCCUGUACCGAACGCGCACGCUGCAGGCGCUCAGCUCCGAGAAGAAAGCCAAGAAGGUGCGCUUCUACCGCAACGGGGAUCGCUACUUCCGGGGGCUCGUGUACGCCGUGUCGGCGGACCGCUGCCGCUCCCUGGACGCGCUGCUCGCCGAACUCACCAAGUCUCUGGCGGACAGCAGCAGCCUCCCGCAAGGCGUGCGCUGCAUCUACACCGUGGACGGCGCGCGCAGGAUCUCCAGCCUCGAGGAGCUGCUGGAAGGCGAGAGCUACGUGUGUGCGUCCAACGAGCCCUAUCGCAAGGUGGACUACACCAAGAACGUGAACCCCAACUGGUCGGUAAACGUGAAAGCUCAAGGGGCUCGCUCCCGGUCCACCCCUGGGUCACCGAAGAGUGAGCAUCAGCAGCGCGAGAGCAAGGACUUCAUCAAGCCCAAACUGGUGACGGUGCUUCGCGGGGGGGUCAAGCCUCGCAAGGCCGUGCGAGUGCUUCUCAACAAAAAGACGGCGCACUCCUUUGAGCAGGUACUCGCUGACAUCACCGAGGCCAUCAAGCUCGACUCGGGACCUGUGAAAAGGCUCUACACCCUGGAUGGCAAGCAGCUCACCUGUUUGCAGGACUUCUUUGGGGACGACGACGUGUUCAUCGCUUGCGGACCUGAGAAGUACCGCUAUGCCCAGGAUGACUUUGGCUUGGACCACAGUCGCAAGGCCUCGGCCGCCUUUGUUUCCGAGUGCCGGGAGCUGAAGUCCUCGUACUCUCGCGCCGCCGCCCCUGCGAGGCCCUCCGGAGCCAAGAACCUCGGACCCCUACGUCGCAGCAAGUCCCCGGGCUCAGCAUCCGGAACCCCUGGGACCCCCGGGACCCCUGGCAGCCAGACAUCUAGGCCCAGGUCACCCAAGGCGUCCGGCUCCACUCCAACCAGCCCCGGUAGCUUGUCAAGCCGCAGGAUGUCCCCCCAUCGCGGCUCCUCUUCCAGCGUAAACAGAGCCGUGGAUCUGAGCGAUGACUUGAGUCCAGAAGCAGUGAACGGGAAUGCGUGCCCAGCCGCUUCUGUCAUCUUGGACAAGUACAAGGUUGGAAAGGUCAUCGGCGAUGGAAACUUUGCUGUUGUGAAGGAGUGUGUGGAAAGGGCCACGGGGAUGGAGUUUGCACUGAAGAUCAUUGACAAGGGCAAAUGCAGCGGCAAGGAGCACCUGAUUGAGAACGAGGUGGCCGUGCUGCGGAGGGUGAAGCAUCCCAAUAUCAUCAUGCUGAUAGAGGAGGUGGACACACCGAGUGAGCUCUACCUGGUCAUGGAGCUGGUCAAGGGUGGCGACCUCUUCGACGCCAUCACCUCGUCCACCAAGUACACGGAGCAGGAUGCCAGUGCCAUGGUGUUCAACUUGGCCAGUGCCCUCAAGUACCUGCACAGCCUCAACAUCGUCCACCGAGACAUCAAGCCAGAGAACUUGCUCGUGUGUGAAUACCCAGAUGGUACCAAGUCUCUGAAACUGGGGGACUUUGGCCUGGCCACUGUGGUGGAGGGGCCGCUAUACACUGUGUGCGGGACCCCCACGUAUGUUGCACCAGAAAUCAUUGCUGAAACAGGCUACGGGCUGAAGGUGGACAUCUGGGCUGCUGGAGUCAUCACCUACAUCCUGCUGUGUGGCUUCCCACCCUUCCGCAGUGAGAACAACCUCCAGGAGGACCUGUUCGACCAGAUCCUGGUGGGUCGUCUUGAGUUUCCCACCCCCUACUGGGACAACAUCACCGACUCGGCCAAAGAGCUCAUUGGCCGGAUGCUGCAGGUGAACGUGGAGGCCCGCUACACAGCCGAGGACAUACUGGCCCAUCCGUGGGUAACUGAGGACGUCGCCAUGGAGAACAACCUGAAGGUGGAGAUGAGCGAACUGACCAUGCAGCUCAACGGCUCCCGAAAGCACAGCAACCCGACCGCAGGCGCGUCCGUUAUCGUGCCACAGAGAACGGCUCCCGGUAAACAACACCAGGCCCUGCAUCCUCGGGGCCCAUGUCAAGAGCCCUGGGAACAAGGUCCAGCCGAAGGUCUUCCAGCCCCCUUCUCCCUGUGCUCGUCCCACCUGCCCAGAGCGGCACUCACGUAACCCCUCCAACCCAGCCCCCCCCCCCCUCCCCAACCCCCAGGUCAACAUCCUUCAUGGCUCUCUUCAUCUUUUGUGUCUCAUUAUACCAACAUCUCUCUCCAUACAUGUUCUAGGAAAGAUGCUCUUAGUUGCCAUGAUGAAAUUAACAUAAGUUAUUAUGGUCCUUUAGCACUGCUGUAUAAUUAUCAUCCUGAAGAAACAGACUGGUGGUUCAUCCUGAUCGCUGACAACUCUGCAAAUUUAACUGCAAACUUGCAAAGUGACGCGGUUAAGAAGCUGUGCAAAACACUGAUUACUUGUUGGGAGGAACGGCAGCGGGUUCUGAGACCUACGUUGUUUUUGCUUUACCAAACAAAGAGACAUACAGCUCUUUUAUGAGGUGGAGGAGGUUGUGUGGGUAACUGAUAUGCUUCUCAGACAAGUACUGUAUAGCAAAUACAAGCAAAGGGUUAAAUUUACAUACACUGUAUUCCAGAUGUGUGACUAAGGAAAUAACUCAGUCGGCUGUUUGGGUCCACGACAACUGGGCGCUAGUAGCUUUUGAGCCGUGUCUGUCUACUUGCUCACUCGCUCUGGUGGAACAGGGUGAAGUUACCCUGUUUUACAGCAUUCAAUACCAGCAGCUCCCGGCUCGGUGGUAUUUUCUACUCGGACAAUCAGACUCGCACGGCGGCCCUUUAAAGCAGCUCCCCGGGCGGCCGGUUGGGGGUUUUAACGAGUGCCAAUUUGAAUUUCCUUUCCUGGAAACCGAACCCUUUUCGGUGUCGAGAUUUGUAGCUCUCCAGUUGGAUUCAAUGUGAUUUUGUAUUGGAAUAAUAAACCUACGUGAAACGAAUGCAAAACUGUCUUUUUAUCCCCGAUUCCAUCACAAACUCCCAUCCCUCGCACAACGGAGUCCCGCAGAAUGAAAAUGCGGUAAACGGCUUAUGAAGAUAUUGUAC